AAUUUUUGUUUGAAACUGUAGAUUGUACAUCGCACCUCCGACGAAAAAUGGACGCUAUAAAACGAUCGUGUGUGUGUGUGCACUGCUCACUGUAGUUUGUAGAGUGUAGUGUAGACUCUACUCGUCAGUGCAGAGAUUUGGGACCUGCAGCAGCACAUGUGCUUGCGAUUGCUUCGAUCCGGGUGAGCUGAAAAGCAUCGGAGCGCCGCUCGCUCAUUCAGUGUGCAAGUCGAAUGGGAAACAAUCAUUCUGUGGACAUUUGACCAGUUUUCGUGAGCCGAUCCAGGACGUUUGUACGGCUAGCUCAUCAGCGGUCGUCCGUAUGCGCAGCGUGUCCGUGCGCGGAAAAGAAAUCAAGACCCAUCCCAGGCUCGAUUGACUUUAUUGUAGCAGAGUUGGCAAGGCUUUGAAGUGCCAGUAGUACUGUACUUGAAGAAUCUGGGGCCGCACAGGUGCAGGGUGAGAGCUGGUCAGCGCUCUGCGAGACCCAGAAGGCCAGAUUGGCCUGAUCAGCCUGAACCAGGCCCAGUGCUGCUCACCACGACCCAUUAUUUUGAUGUUCCUGGCCUGGGUGGUCGGGAUCGGGUUCAGACCAACUCACAUACUAUAGGGCAAGAAAGCUGAUUGCAGCAGGAUUGGAGAGCACUACACCGAAGGCAGCGAGUCCAGCAGUCAAUGCGGCCUGAACAGACUGGCUGUGUGUGAUGCACUGCUGAUGACCAGCUCAGUGGUACUGCUCAGACUGGAGGACAGUCACACCAAGUGACUACAAAGCCCAUCUUCUGGAAAUGGCAGCCCGCUAUCCUACCCAGGCCUAUGCAGUGCGAGCAAGUGGGACACAGGAUUAUGAUGACGGUGAUGACAGCUCAGGAUUCAGUGACGAUGUCUCGGCGUUUGAUGCAUACGCCACCGGAGGUCUGGAAGAGGAGUACGAUGAUGCAAGCAUGUACGAUGAUAGCGCCGAUCAGGUGGCACAACCGAGGCCAGGUAUGUCAGAACCGCCAGACAUGUAUCCUGGAUACACAGCGUAUGGCGGUGCGGGCCACGCUGCUGAGAAUGGUGCUGCGGCCAGGAGUUUGUACCCAGCAGCGUCUCCCGCCAACACCACCAACUUCACACCCGCCAUCAGACACGUGAACGUGGUUGCCCAGCAAGGAUUGCCGCCACAGAUGCAAUGGCAGCAACCGCAACAACAGCAACAGGUGCACCAAGUUCAGCAUUUCCAACAAACUCCGCAAAACGGACAGCAGCAGCAGCAGCAGCAGCAGCAACAGCAGCAGCAACACCAGCAGCAGAAGCAGCAGCAUGAAUUUUUCAGUACUGGUACAAGUGCCCAUCCUGCUACAGCUCAACAGGAGGUUAGCAAGAAGACCAAUAAAAAGAAGACGAAGGAGAAACAAGCUAAUCCCGCAUCCACAAUAUCGGCGAGGCAGCCUCUCGGACGCAACAGCAAACAGCCAGCUCCAAUGCAGCCCGGUGCACGCCAGAUGACCAUCAGUAAUGAGCAGGGAAAGACCAUGCUGAAGCUGCAACGCUCCGCAGCCACACGACUCAAGGACGGAUGGAUGCUGGGACACAUCACUAUGGUCGACGCAAACAAGUCCAUGGGGUUCAUACGCACUUCUGCUGCUACUGGUACUACCACAGCGGAAUCGCAGUCUCGUAACAAAGCCACUGCCGAUCAGAGGCCAGCCGAGACCCGCAUUGAUGUAUUCUUCCACUUUGACCGAGUUCAAAUGUCUGGAUUUGAUCUUGUGCGAGGCGACGAAGUGGAGUUCACUCUUGACCAAAGACGAAAGAAGAAGGAGGGCCAGAAAGACUCCGCUUUCAAAGUCAAGCCGGUGAAGUUAUUCCCUCGGCCGACAAGCAUCUACUCUGCCUGGCUGGAUUCGCUGAGUGAGUUGGUGAAGUGUGGAGAUGAUAACCUAGAGAUACGUAAAUACCUCGACAGCCACGUCAUUUGGAAGUCUAUACUCAACCAGAACUUUGACGAGGACACGCAUUGGAUUAAGCGCCUGUUGCAAUUCGUCGUGCUGCUCAGUGGUAAAUGCCAGGCGCACACUGAAUCGUUCACACAGCUAAUGAAACUCACCGCCUCCAGUCGUUUUUUCAGCCCUAUGCACGGACCGCUUAACGCCUACAUUAGCGGCGGCGAAGACAGCCUAGCUCGGCCGGACUUGAAUCUGAUGCAGGACUUCUUACUAGCCUUGUCCAGCACUGACCACUCACUGGCCAAGCGCACGUUUCCGUUCCUGCGAAAGCUGUCGGAAUCGCCGCGUAUCAGUCACAGGAAACUCAGCACCUGCCUCCUGGAAAUGGUUCGUCGCACCGCCGGAAUUACGCAUGAAGACAGCUCUCAGUUUGCCGAGUGGAGUGAGCUGCCGUUAAUCCCAACGACUGAUGAAUUGCUGGGAAACAAUGACGAAGACGAUGCCGACUGCUGGGUUCCACUGAAGAAGCAGAAGCGUGUCCUGCCCAGUGUACGCGUCACUGGCAGUUAUGACUCAGUCAAUGACUACUUUGACACAUAUUUCCGGCUGUUGCGCGAGGAUUGCUUUGCUGGCUUGAAGGAAGGUGUACAGCAGCUGCUGAACGAGAAGCUGGAUAUGCGUGAUAUGAACGUCUACGUGAAUGUCCAGCUUGUGGCCCUGGCUGCCGAAGGGGGCGUUGGAAACGUUGAUGGCGGCGGAAAGGGUGUGGCAUUUGGCCUGAAGUUCAAGCCAAUCAAGCGCGUCACCAGCUGGAGCACAUGCCAGGACCUAAUGUUCGGGAAUCUGCUCUGCAUCAGUACCGACGGCAGCUUCAAGCGUCCUCUCUGGGCAACCGUGUACAGUCGCGAUCACCUAGAGAAGUCUGGUAUAGUUCUCGUCGAGCCGUGCGCGGAGAUCAACGGCAGUGACAUGUCGCACUUCAUCCUGUGUAUGAAAAAUGCAUCCGUCAACACCACUAUCAUGGUCGAGUCACCGUCAUAUUACAAAGCUUACCAGCCUGUCCUGCGCAAGUUGCAGAUGAUCAACGCCGAAGAUCUUCCCUUUCAAGAAGAGCUCAUUCUCAGCAGCAGGACAUCGUCGGCGCUAUCACCCGAGUAUCUCGAUCAAGAAACGGAGGUCCCUAGUCUCGAUACGGCCUGUCUGCGCAAGGCGCCUGACGACAGCACCGUCUUGAAGAAGCUGAGCAGAAUGUUCCUGCGCAAGCAGCCAGCAGCACAGGACGCCGUGAUGCCCUUGCCAGAUGUACUCGCGCUUCUCGCCGACGCUGAGCCUGAUGAGCUGUGCGUGGAUGGGUCGCAGCGCCAGGCCAUUGCUCACGCACUCACACACCGCCUGUCCGUCAUUCAGGGUCCGCCUGGUACCGGCAAGACGUACAUUGGUGUUAAGCUGGUCAAGCUUCUGCUCUCUGCGUCGUCACUACCAGAGAAUACGUCCGUUCUAGUACUUACCUACAAAAACCAUGCCCUAGACGAGUUCCUCUUGUCGUGUAAAAAGUUCAUGGACGUUGUGCGAGUGGGCGGACGUUCGGAUGAUGAAGAGCUCAUGGAGUGCAAUAUCCGCGAGGUACGGAGGAGAGAGCGCCCUUCUCAGUCCUUCUACACUGAACGCGACCAAGUCAAAGAGAAUUCCGAAAAACUAUGCGAUGCUGCUGGCGGACUAUCCAAGGCAACACGUUUCUCUGUGAACUGCUUCAUCAAGUAUGCUACUCCACUGCAAGUCUGGAAGCUGCUGGCCGGAGUGCAGAAACAGCGGUGGCCUCCAGGCUACUACCGAACUCUAUGUCACAUCUUCCCGCACUGUGACGUGCAGGAAUGGAUAGAACAGGUGCCUUGGAAUGCCUUAGCCCAGCUCGUUCACUUUGCGCUCAGUGCUUGGCUACCGCAGCCGCGAAUCUUCAACAUACUGCGUGGCAUAGCAGCACAGUACCAGACGGACAACAAGCUCUCAAGCCAGCUCCAGGAAGCUCUCUCCACAGCAGCCCAACAGACGGCCGAACAAGAAUCACUGCUGGAUGAGGAAGACGUUCAGGCCACCUUAAAGUCUCGACUUGCAGGCUACGGCGGGUUUGAGCAAGCCGGCAAGCCAGUCGACGUGAAGCUGCUGUACCUGAACGACGAGGGAAAGUCCCAGUCCACCUGGCCCUGCGAAAUACCCGGCGUGGCUAGUCAGGCGGAGAAUGUUGCCCAACAUCUGGAGUAUCACCUGGAGAAUGACCCAUGGCGACUGGAUGCCAUGGACAGAGCAUUCUACGUACAGCACUUGAUACGGCAGCGCAUUGAUGAUAGCCAGAAGGACCUGAUGGAAGCAAUGGACUCGUACAGUUCCAGCUGUAGACUGUUCAGCGAAACCAGCACGGCCAACACUGCACAGAUUGUAGGCAAGCAGAGAACGAUGGUUGGUAUGACCAUCACGGGUGCUGCAAUGAACCAUCAACUACUGGCGGCGCUCAAACCCAGCAUUGUCAUUGUGGAAGAAGCUGCUGAGGUACUUGAACCACAGAUUGUUGCUGCUCUUGGUCCAUGGGUUCAACACUUGAUCAUGAUCGGAGAUCACAAGCAGCUACGACCAUCCGUUGAGUCCUACUCUCUUGUGAAGAAUCACCACUUUGAUAUUUCAAUGAUGGAACGACUGCUCAAUAACAAGAUUCCACAUGGAUUGCUGCUGACACAGAAUCGCAUGCGACCAGAGUUCAGUAAACUUCUUCUGGAUAUCUACCCAGAUUACAAGGACAACCUGUCAGUUGUGUCGCAGAACAAGGCCCCGGCGUGUAUGGCUGACUCGAUGUUCUUCUGGCACCACACGGGCAAAGAGACGGAUAAUCGUAGCUUCAAGAACGUCGACGAAGUGAAGAUGGUCACGCAGCUAGCCCUUUGGUUUGUUCAGCAAGGCUACAACCCAGAGAAGGUUACGGUGCUAACGCCAUAUCAAGGACAAACGCAUGAACUGCGCAAGUCUCUACGCGAGAAUCUAUCGUCGGUGUUCAAGGUUGAAGACCAUCCCGACCUGAUCAGUAACUCACAGCAGGAGAUGGUCCGCCUGAAGAAAGAGUCGGACCGCCUGAAGAAAGAUUCACCAACAGAACAGGACCUGUUGAAGGCAGUGCGCCGUAAGCAUCAAGUCCUAGUGCACACCAUAGAUCGUUACCAAGGAGACGAGAACGAGAUCGUUAUCGUCUCGCUGACGCGAUCCAACGACAAGGGUCGUCUUGGCUUCUUGAAGUUGUUGAAUCGGCGCUGUGUUGCCCAGUCCAGAGCCAAGUGCGGUCUGUACUUCGUUGGUAAUAUCGAGACACUGAUGACGUGUGAUCACUGGGCCAGACUCAUAACAUCAAUGCACAAGCAAAAGCUUGUUAGCUCCGCGAUAUCACUCACCUGCCAACGCCACACGGACACCGUCGUGCACGCAAGAACAGCCGCCGACAUUCCAAUCAAUCGGCCGGGAUUCUGCGACAAGCCAUGCUCUGCAAUCAUGCCAUGCGGUAUGCAUCGUUGUCGGUCUCCAUGCCAACCGUGGCAUCACCAUAAAGUGUGCCGAUGGCAAGUGGAGUUCGACCAUCCGUUGUGUGGGCAUCCCUGUGUGCGUCUGUGCUGCAACUCUGAAGAGUCUGUCCGCUGCACAACCACCGUUGUGUUCCGCUGCCCUGGAGCAGGAUGUACUAAACAGUACGAACGACAGUGCCAUGACAACGCGGCAGAGCAGAAGAAGCGCUCUCUGUGCACGCAUCUAGUGAUUGUGCAGCUGGCCUGCGGGCACGACGCAGAGAAGCAAUGCCGCCAGGAUUCGUCGCGCGUCCCGUGCUCCAUGCCGUGUACAAAGCUGCUGGCUGCCUGCCAGCAUCCCUGCUCGGCUAGAUGCGGUGUGCCAUGCAGCUCUGUUCCAUGCAAGACGUGCGAGCAGCUUGAGAGGCUGCGGCAGGAAAAGCAGCGCAAGAAAAUAAAGCUGGAAAUUGCCGAACUUGAGAGAAGCCGUGACAUCGCAGUGCAAGCACUCGCGUUGCAAAGUGAUGACAGUGACAAUGUUGCUGAUGGAGUUCUGGACACAAUGAAGGAGUCGGAAGCAAGACCAAUACGCCAGCAAAGCGAGAGCCUGUUGACACAGCGACUGAAGAAAGAGAACCAGCCCCAGAUCCAGAGUAUCAAGAAGCUGACGAAUCAGAAAUUGCGUAUUGCGCAACUGGACGCUAUGUGUUCUCAGAAGGACAGCACCAAAGAUUACCAGCUCCUACCAUUCAAUGCGGGCAGGGGUGAAGUGCUGCAGUCGAUGUUGCAGGAGGGCUUCAAACAUCAAGCAGUCAAGAAGUUUGAUCAUCAAGUCUGGCCCAUUCCGGCCAGAGAUACCAUCGAUUUGUCCGACUCGUCUUGUCGUCACCCAAACUUUCUCGUCUGGUGCAAUGUGUACCUGGGAAAGUGCGAAGACCUAGCUUCCCUCAAGGACUUGCCGGGAGCUAAGAAGCGCAAGUUUGAUUCGUUUUUCAGCACACCCACACCCAGUCAGACCGCCACUGGUGGAGAUCUCUCCGGUCGCUACUGUGUGUUCAGCUGGGAGUUGAUUCGUCCCUGCUACGUUGUGGAGUACACUUGCAAACCACUGCAGGAGGUGCUCAAGACCGAGCUGGAACAAGCAGCUGUGCAGACGAAUAGCAUACGGAUGCUGCAGGUGAAGCCAACACGGAAAGCACAGGAUGGUGACGAAGGUGUUGUCAUGACGCGAGCCGAGAGUCAGUUCCUUCGCAAGAUGGAUGCGGCCUCGUCGUACCAGAUCACUCAAGUCACGUACUACGUCUCACCUCGCCUGCUGGAGAAAUUCGUCGCGUACAAGACGGCUCUGCAAGUCAAGUAUCGGGGUGGAAGCAACAAGGCGCACCGCACUCCCAUCUGGGCUUUCCACACGACGGAUGCUCAGAAUGUGCCAAGCAUUAUGGCAGGGAACUUUGACUUAAGUAGAGUUGGCGAGGCAACUCGCUUCGCUGGGAAGUUCGGCCGUGGCAUCUACUUCUCAGAAUACCCGGACUACAGUCUGCAAUAUGGCGGCAGCAACAAAGCCCUACUACUCUGUCAUGUUCUACCCGGCAAAGAGUUCCAAUGCGUCGAGGUAGAAGCAGGUAGAGGACUGGAGGAAGGCUACGACAGUCACACAUUCUCUGCUGACGAAGACGGCUACGGUAAAGAGCUGUGUAUCUUUGACGUCGACCAAAUCCUACCCUGCUUUCACAUUGAAUAUCAAGAGAAGGGCGACGAGGAAAGUGAUAAUUCAGCAGCAGCAGUAGCAGCAGCUGCAUGGCCGGCUCAGCAAGCUGGUCAGGGUCAUGGUGGUCGCGGUGGUGGAGCGGGCCGUGGUGGUGGUCGUGGAGGAGGUGGUGCCGGUGGUGGUCGUGGAGGAGGUGGUGGUGGUCGUGGAGGAGGUCGUGGAGGAGGCCGUGGUGGCUCUCCUGGCACCAGGCAGAAUCGCAGAGGUGGCGGAGCCCGCGGCAGGGGCGGGCGUGGAAAAUGAUGUGCGGUGCGUACAAUGUAUUGAACAGCACACUGUGUGGGUAUUUGACACAUGCGAUGAGUGGCACACGUGUUUGUAUCAGCAUUCGACGAGGAUUAUAUUUCGUAUUAUAAUAUUGUUCAAUAUAUUUAUGGAGCUGCGCUCCGUGCUAAAAACACUAAUCUCUUGCUCUCUGGCUUUGUUUGUCAACACAUGCCUCAGUGUUCUGACUACCUCAAAGCAUACCCAGGCAUUUUACAUCAUGGCAUUUUGUACCAGUUUAUUUCACUUAUUUCCGUUGCCAUCUUUCUGUUUUUCUUGUCAACCUUCAUUAUCGUUUUUUUUAUACUUUUAACUCAAAAGGUUUUUUCCGUAAUGGUGACAGUUCAGACACGUAAAAGUUUGCCGCUGAUGUUGUCUUUAGCGUGGCAUAUAGCUGGACACAUUAUGUCGUGCAACAGCAGCGCAUGCAGCAUAGCCUUGGCACUCGUUUGCUUUCGGCCAACUUAGCCGCUGUUCGUUGCAAUAGCUUGCUACAUUCUCUGCACCAUUCGUGAUCGCUUCUAUUCCGCUCAUUUUUUUGCGUUGUCCUCUGCAACGGCCGUGCCCCACUCCACGCAAUCAAACCCACCGUGUUCAGCGCUUGCUCAACAAGAUCAGCAUUGCCACUACUCACCUAGAUUAUGCUGAGAGACCUGUUGCUGCCACGUUAUGCCGUACAAUACUUGCAUGUUCUUAGAGCAAGAUAUUUAGCUCUUUUUCAUCUAUUAUUACUCAGCAAAAAAAUUCUUUCCGGUCCCAUGUAAUACCUAGUACCUUUGCUUUUUGUAUUCUGAAGGAUUUUUCUAGUCAUCAACUACAAUUAUUGUAAUGCCACCAAGAAUUUGAGAAGGAAUACUGGAUGUUGGCCGUGUCAGUACUGACAGUCAUCUGGUCGCGACAGGCA